GGUCCGCGCAACGCGCAUGCUCCAAGAGCGGCGCCCCCGACUCUGCGCUCGGCUCUGCUCGGGCAUUUCCGCCUCUUUGUUUUAAACUCCGGACGGGUUUUUUUCUCCUGCUCUUGGGGGGGACCCGGAGGGAGCGGCGCCCCCUCCCUCUCCCGGCGCGGCCCCCGCGUGCGCCCCGCUCGCCCGCAGCUGAGACGGCAGGUAAAGGAAGAGACCUGUUUACCUGAGCAGCCGAAGCUGCUGGUCCGGGGAGCCAGGCUCUGUGUGGACGGCACGUGUGGGUGACGCCUGGUCCCGUGUGUCUCCACAGGCUUCAAAAUGUAGCGGAGGAUCCGGCUGUGUGUACAGAAAAUGGAAAGACAGCGAGAGACACAAGGCAGGCGCAGACGUGACGAGCCAGAGUGCAGAGGGCACGGCGGACGAGGAGUGGCCGCGUCGCACCCGUAGCCGGAAGCGUCCGAUGCAGAGGCAGCAGGAGGGGACAGACGGCCUCGCGAGGAGAAGCCAAAGAUGUUGACCAGAAAGAUUAAACUCUGGGACAUAAACGCCCACAUCACCUGCCGCCUAUGCAGCGGGUAUCUCAUCGACGCGACCACGGUGACCGAGUGUCUGCACACGUUCUGCCGGAGCUGCCUGGUGAAGUACCUGGAGGAGAACAACACGUGCCCCACGUGCAGGAUUGUCAUCCACCAGAGCCACCCGCUGCAGUACAUCGGUCAUGACAGAACCAUGCAAGAUAUUGUUUACAAAUUGGUCCCAGGCCUCCAAGAAGCGGAAAUGAGAAAACAGAGGGAAUUCUACCACAAGUUAGGCCUGGAAGUGCCUGGAGACGUCAAGGGGGAGACCUGUUCUGCAAAACAGCACCUAGAUUCCCAUCGAAAUGGAGAAACCAAAGCGGACGAUGGUUCGAACAAAGAAGCGGCGGAAGAGAAGCAGGAGGAGGACGGCGACUACCACAGGAGCGACGAGCAGGUGAGCAUCUGUCUGGAAUGCAACAGCAGCAAACUGCGGGGCUUGAAACGGAAAUGGAUCCGCUGCUCAGCCCAGGCCACAGUCCUGCACCUAAAGAAGUUCAUUGCCAAAAAACUCAACCUCUCGUCUUUCAACGAGCUGGACAUUUUAUGCAACGAGGAGAUCCUUGGCAAGGACCACACGCUCAAAUUCGUCGUCGUCACAAGGUGGAGAUUCAAGAAAGCACCGCUCCUGCUGCACUACAGACCCAAGAUGGACCUGCUGUGAGCCGCGGCACAGCAGAGACUCAGCUGCCCGGGUGCCCCGCGAGUACGCAGCCAGGCGGGGCCGCCAACGCGUAGGAUGCUGCCCUGGGCACCGUUUGGACUGGAUCCCGAACAGAGCAUAUUUAUCACUUUUGUAUGAGAAUCGCACUCGCGAGGCGCUGCGGCACAGGGCUACGGACGCGCCGCGCCUCGCGGCCGGGGCCGCCUCUGCUCCAGCGGGAGGGGGUGGCGACGGCCUCCAUCCCGACCCGUGACCUUUGCUUGCUUUCCAGGUCUUGAAAAUCUCGGUCACUUCCGUUCCGUUUAUGAAUUAGGUUUCACGAUAAGCCCCCAAAAUACCUGUACGUUUACUGAAUCCUUCCUAAGUUAUUGACAAAAUGUCUUUUCACGGUGAAUGACGAUAUUUAUGUUGCCUUUAGCUUCCUGAAGACUUAGAAGAUAUAUAAAAGUUUAAUUUAAAAGCAUACCAAAAGAGGCUUCCAUGAGUAUCGUGAGUUAACCAUGGUAUUUCAUUCUCCACGUCAGGGAACGUGAAGCCGAGGGCCGCCCUGACUCCCGGGGGCCCGCAGCCCGGCUGGGGGGCUGCACCCUGACCCCGAUGCGGCUGCCCCGCCAGGUCAGCAGGGCGGACCGGAAGAUGACAGUUCGCAGAACGGUCCUUGUUCUCAAAAACUGCUUCUUUUAAGUAGGGCGCAAGUUGUUCAGUGCCGUCGUUUAACUUC